AUGUCACCCGUCACCAAUGACCACCAAACCGGCUUACUGGCGCAAGCCCAGCGUAUUGCUGAUGAUUUUAACUUUGGACCUGCGGAUGUCCAGCGCGUGACGGGCCAUUUUGUCCGCCAAAUGAGAGAUGGCCUCGUCAAUCAUCGCGCAUGGCAGCUCCCGAGCUUCUUAAGGAGCGUGCCGACUGGGGCGGAGAAGGGCACCUUCUUGGCCGUUGACUUGGGAGGCAGCAAUUGCAGAAUUUGCCUUGUCGAUUUACUCGGCGAUUCAACGUUUACAGUGGCCCAAAGUAAACACCGGGUACCACCUGAGGUCAUGGUAUGCCAAAGCUAUAAACCCCUAUUCGAAUUCAUCGCAGGCAAGAUUGCAGAUUUUCUUGCCGAGAAGUCAACCGCAGACACCAAAGAUUACGAUGAUAUACGCGAGCGACGCACAGCCCCGUACAGGUUAGGAUUCACAUUCAGUUUCACCUGCGAGCAAACGUCCCUUGCAAGCGGAACACUCAUUCGUUGGGAUAAAGGCUGGGAUAUUCCGGAGGCAGUGGGAAGGGACCCUUGUGUGAUGCUGCAGGAGGCCAUCGACAAGCUGAAACUACCGGUUUUGGUUACAGUCCUCGCCAACGACAGUGUAGGAACACUUUUGACGAGAUCGUAUACUGCAGGCCAGAAAGAUUCCACGUUGGCAGCAGUAAUAUUCGGGACGGGCACGAAUGCAGCAUAUGUCGAAAAGAUGACCAAUGUAAAACGACUCGGUGCAACAAAUACUAUUGCCGGCCAAAUUAUGGUGAUCAACACGGAAUGGGGCUGCUUGGAUGACAAAAUGGAAGUGUUACCGCGGACUGUGUAUGAUGAUCAACUUGAUGGCGAGUCAAUUGACCCCGGAAGCCAAAUGUUCGAAAAAAGGAUCUCGGGCAUGUAUUUGGGAGAGCUGCUGCGGCUCGUACUGGUGCAAUUACAGCAAGGAGGKGCCUUUGAUAUGGGAUUUGAUGACGAGUCACCCAUCUUCGAGAGUCAGGGGAUUGACAGCUCUUUUCUAUCUGACCUUGCACUUGCCGGAAGUGAAGAAUAUUCCAGAAGUUCGGCACUCAUCGAAAGAAAACUUUCGGUAAAAGGCGUUACAGUGGCCGAUGUGAAGGCCAUACAGAUAUUGUCUGCUGCAAUUGUCCGCCGAGCAGCACGGUUAGCUGGAGCAUCAUUGGCAGCUAUCAUUAUACAGAGUGGCAGACUUGAGCCUUCUUUAGCAGAGCUGAAGUAUCCCGACACCCAAGUAACAGAACGCGAAACUUCAGAAACUGCAAACUCGCCUAUUUCUAGCGUCCAGCGACUUCGUCAGAAAUUGAACUCGUUAUGGCGCCGAAUUAUAAAACUGUUCGCCCGGCUGAAUGGAUCAUCAUCCCCUUCAGGCGGUAUGCUCCCGCAAUAUUCAAAGCACGAGGAGUCUAUUCCGGAAACUUCAAUCAUUGAUAUCGGUGCCGAUGGCUCACUGUUUGAGCUAUAUCCAACAUUCGAGUCUGAUAUGCGAGGGGCACUCCUAGAGGUACAGGAGAUUGGACCUGCUGGUGAGAAGCUAGUCCGUAUAGGCCUUGCUAAAGAUGGAUCUGGCGUGGGAGCAGCUCUCAUGGCACAAGCGGCGCUUGAAAUGGAAAAGAGAGGAGAGCAAUAA